AUGCAUGUAGCUGGUCCGGAUCCGUGGCAGUGCAAGGUUCAUCCGGAAAAGGGUCAGGCUAUUGAGAAGGUCACCGCGGACCUGCAGAGUUUCAUUUCGACUAGUUCGUGCAAGAAUAAUAUCGGUGCUACGGUUAUGGUAGAUAGAAAUGAUCGGACGUGGGCGUUUAUCACGACAGAUCCGAAUCCUACUCAGUAUACCUUCUGCCAUCCGGACCCUAAAGGUCUAGGCGUCGGAGAAGAGGAGAGUGAUGCAGAGAUUGGAGGUAAUGGAGAAUAUGUUGGCUGA